AUGUCAUCGCAUUUAAAACUUGUAUACGUUGAAAAUCUGGGAAAAGAAUCAGAUUCUAUGCAAAAAAGUAAUAUCAAAUUGCUUGAAGACAGUAAAUUCUAUAAAGGAUUAUGUGAUAAAUAUGUAGUUGAUCUUAACAGGCAACAAAUUUUGUAUAAUGACCUUAAAUCUGCUACUGACAUCGAGCAUCAAGAAUACUUGAACUUUCAGAAAGAAGUUCAACAAUUAAAAGAUAAGAACGAUAGUUUUGCGACCUUAAAUUCUCAAGAACAAUACUUAUAUGAAGAAUUAAAAAGACAAACAUGGAAAAAUGAAAAGAAACAUCUUGAAGAAUCUUCAUUAGGACCAGUGAACUUCAAAGAACUUGAGAACGAAAAUAAAAUCCUUCAUGAAUAUAUUAGCAAUAAAUCUUCUAAGAAUGAUCAAAUUUACGUCAAGAAAAGGAAGUUUUUUCUAAACAGGCGAAAAAAAUACAAAAUCCAACUCAUUCAAGCUCAGAAAUCUUUAAAUGAAGAACGUGAAUUUAAUAAAAAGAUUCAAAUUGAAUCUGCUGAACUUAAUGCCAAAAAUAAAUAUGUAAAUGAAAACAAUAGAAUAUCGAGAAGAAUGCAAGAAAAUGGAGAGAAUUCCGCAAAUAAAUUUAAAAAUGAAAACGAUGCACUCGAGAUAAAGAAUGACCAAAUUGAGAAUAAAAACUUGCGAUUAAUAGAAGAAAAUUUAAAAUUAGAGAAUGAGAUACAAAAUCGGUUGAUAUAUUACUUAGAUCUUCAAGCAAAUCACGAUAAAGAAUUAGAACAAUUGAAACAACAAUUAGAGAAUUCUUGA